UAGUUCUUAUUCGUGUGCCAAAACAACUAACGCUACAUGUAAAAAAAAAAUCGCAAUAAACUUUGAUGCUUGCGUGCGUGCAGUGCAGUGCUAAAGAUUUUGCGAUAGAUACCUACAAUUUACCAAUCAAAAUCAUUUUUAGAUCAUUAAACAAUUAAGAUUAACUAUAAUAUAUAUGCACAUAUUCCUUGGAUAUCAGAAGAACCGUGCAGAAUCUAUCUGUGAAGCGUAAUAUUAAUUAUAAGAAAUGACCAUUGCAGUGUUUACAACAACUGUGUUCGAUUUUCUUUUGAUGCCUUGCAUUAAAACAUGGCUUUUUACGAUGCCGGCGCUGAUGUAAAUGCAAAUAACGUUUCUGGUUCACCUGAAGAACAAAAUCUUGUCGACGAUCUCACUAUAGUUCCAUUGGAAAAGGAUGGUUUUGCAUUAUGUGAAUUUUGUGGACGUGUUGGUCGUCGCAGUGGUUUCUACAGAAAAAACAAUAAUUUCUGUUCACCACAAUGCCAGACGAGUAGUGUGAGGAAGAAGCACCGUUACACGUGGAAGUUCAAACUCAUGGAGAGCACAGAGCAUAUGGCAGGCAUGAUUCCGUUGGAACCACUGCCACAGCUGCAACAGUGGCAAGCCACACUUCAUGAUUUACAGGCUGGCCCAAUCAAGCAAUCUGCAGCUGUGGUUGCCAACAGUUACGAAUGGAAAGAUGAGCUGUUCGGAUGUGACUUCCUAGCAGCCCCAGUUAGCUUGUUCAAACAUGCACCCUUACAUGAAAUGUGGGACAGCACAUUUGAAGGCAUGAAGGUAGAAGUGAAGAAUACGGACUGUGACAACUUUUCGGAGAAGUUGAGUGACUAUUUUUGGGUAGCUUCUGUUUUGAAGGUGAAAGGCUACAUGGGGCUGCUCCGAUACGAGGGUUUUGGGAGUGAUGACUCUAAGGAUUUCUGGGUGAACCUGUGUUGUUCAGAGGUGCACCCUGUAGGCUGGUGUGCCACACGCGGCAAGCCGCUCAUACCACCGCGAAGCAUUGAAGACAAGUACACAGAUUGGAAGAAGUUCCUAGUCAAGCAGCUAACAGGAGCAAGGACCCUGCCAGCUAAUUUUUAUUCAAAAUUGAAUGACAGUCUAGUAUCAAGAUUUUCCAUCGGCUCCAUCAUGGAGGUUGUCGAUAAAAAUAGGAUUUCACAAGUUAAGGUUGCAAGUGUUUGCGAAAUAAUUGGAAAGAGGUUGCAUAUCAAAUACUAUGACAGCUCACCUGAAGACAAUGGGUUUUGGUGUCACGAAGACUCGCCAUUGAUACAUCCAGUCGGAUGGGCGUUCAGAGUUGGUCAUCCUUUAGAUGCGCCGCAAAGUUACUGCCAGAGAGUGGCUGCGGGCCGCCUGUUGCCUAAUGAUACGACCCAGGAGAUGUUUUUCAAAUACCCUUCAAAUGAACCCCCAUUGUUUUCUGAGGGACUAAAGUUAGAAGCGAUUGAUCCAUUGAACCUUUCAGCCAUUUGUGCAGCUACGGUGAUGCAGAUAUUGAAUGAGGGGUAUAUGAUGAUAAGAAUAGAUUGUUACCCUGCCGAUGCCACAGGCGCAGAUUGGUUUUGCUACCAUCAAAGGUCACCGUGUAUAUUUCCUGUUGGAUUUGCCUUGGCCAACAAUAUACCUCUCGUGCCUCCGUCUGGGAUUACGCCAGAAGAGUUCCAUUGGGAGAGGUAUCUAUCAAUGAGUGGGAGCCGCGCGGCCGGGCGGAGUGUGUUCGCGGCGCGCGGCCACGUGGUAUCACACGGUUUCGUGGCGGGAAUGCGGCUGGAGUGUGCCGACCUUAUGGACCCGCGCCUCGUGUGCGUCGCUACCAUCGCCAGGGUCGUUUCCGACUUGCUCAAGGUACACUUCGACGGGUGGGGCGCGGAGUAUGACCAGUGGUUGUGGGCGCACAGCACGGACAUGUACCCGGUGGGGUGGUGCCGCGCGGUGGGCCACCGGCUGGAGGGCCCACUGCAGCCGCCGCCGCGCCAACCGCGCAAGCCGCCCGCCAAGCCCAGCAGGCGACGGCGGAGACCACCGCCGAAAGUAGUGCCUCAACCUCUGAAUUCAACUGAAGACAGUUCUCAGAACUCCGAUAUGGGUGAGGCCAAGAGCUUGUCGCCACCGACGAGCGUGUCUGAGGUGUCAAAUGACGAGCCCCGCGCGCCGCUAGAACCCAUCAAAAUGGAAGUCGACGACGACAAAAACGGAAACGGAAUCGAACAUAGAUCCGAAGAAUCGAAUCCUCCGUUAGAAACGGAUCCGUCGGAAGAGUAUGAAAUGCCCGAAGAAUCGUCAACGGAGCGCUCAGAAGCAUUGGAAUCCGACAAGGUUAUACCUAGACUAGUCAACACCACUGUGCCCUUAGAAGUCCUCAAUACAGUCGACCCAGAGAACUGGACGACGGCAGACGUGGCCAAGUUCUUAACGGUCAACGACUGCCAACCAUAUUGCAUCAAUUUCGCCAACAUAACAGGCCCAAUGAUGCUCCAAUUAUCUAAGGACGAAAUCAUAGAACUCCUAGAAAUGAAAGUAGGCCCUUCGCUGAAAAUAUUCGACCUCAUACAACAGCUCAAAUGCAAAAUAAAACAGCCUCAGUGCAGACUGUUGGCUAGUUUCAAGUAGCUCCAUAAAUUUCUUCCUUGUGUGUUGGUAAAACUGGAAUAUUGGAACGCAAUAUUAUAGUAAAAGGGACCUACGAUAAUACGACCACGGAAUGGAAGAAAGAGGUUGGAAACUGGCAAUGUAUAUUUUAUGUGAUAGGCUGCAAUUUUAUCAUUACUUUUCGUAAGAUACUGCAUACGAAAGUACUUUUAUGAUAAAUAGCCGAUCGUACUAAAGUUUUUAGCAUUCCUGUGAUAAGGAGGGAUCUCCUUGCGUGAUAGUCUAUAUUUGAUUUUUUGCUCUGCAAGAUAUAAUGCACAAUAUCACGGAGCUCCGUGCGGAAGAGUGAAGUGCAAAGUUGAAGUUUGAACUAUUUGCUCAUACUUGUAUGGCGCUCACUUGGCCCUUCCAACUACUUUUUUCUAUUACGUGAUAAGGACAGAUUUUUGCUGGAAGACUGUCUAGUCUUCUGGCAUCUACCAGCCCUCGUAGCAUGAUGCUCGGAUAUCGUGGGUAGAAGUGACUAUAUAUAAAUAAAUACAAAUCUACACACUACACCCGCCUAUUUUAGUACAGCCAUUGUAGAAGGCAUUUUUAACUUAUAAGAUUUGUACAUUAAUUUUGAAGCUUUGCGUGAUCUUCGAUUUUAUUGCUAUCUUAUGCCGCGAGUUAUAUUCGUUUUAUUUAGGAGUUUUAUCGAUUUGGUUUUUAAACUUUCUUCUAUUAUUUGUCUGUAAUCGGUUGAUGUUUUGGCCUGAGCGUUAUUUCACAGUUGGCUCUGCCGUUAUGCACGGCGAUAUGGCUCACCACCUACCACGUUGGUCUAACAGCAAGCAUGUGUACAUAUUUGAUUCAUCUUGUGAUGGAUGUACCUCUGACUAUAUUAAUUCGGAAUACAUAGUCGUGAGCUUAUUAUAUUUUAUUAGACUAUCGGAUCUAAGAAGUGAUCGAGUUUUGUAAAGAGAAUAAUGUAAGCGUAUAACAUUGAUCACUUCGUUGGGUAAGAAAAGAGCGAUUUCUUUUUAAAUAUAUAUUUUCAAUUAUUAAAAACAGUCGCGAAUGAACAGACCCUACGGUGUUUCAGCAUUCGAUGCAAGCCCGAGAAUGACGGAUCCGAACGUGGUCGUAGAACAGUUGCAUGGCAGUUUUUACGCACUACAUUCGAUGUCCGCCAUCACGGACUCUGAAUGUAGUGCAGAAACUCCCUUGAUGGUCUUAAACCUCUUGUGUUAUAGCAUGGUGAGUAGGACAACUGUCAGUAUAGUAUUUUUCUCUCUUUUGUUGUGACAGUUGUCGUCUCUUUCGCACUAGGCUGUACGGUCACGAGCAUUAAUAUGUAUACACUUUGGUACCAUGUCACAUUAACUUUUUUGACAAAUUGAACUGUAAGUCUCACUAAAUGUCAAAUAUGUUAGUGCGACAGAGUCCUAAAGUGGGUACAUUAUAUUGCUCAUGACUGUACUGUACCGUUCUGCUGUCACUACAUGCUAGAGAGAAUUAUAGGCAAUGGUGUCGAUUCAGGCAACGACAAACUUAAUUUGACAGGACUAGGUGCAUCUCUUUCUUGUACGUAUUGUAAGUGAAGGUCAGCAACAAUUUAUAGUUGUCAGACUAAAAUUAGGUUAAGUUUGUGUCCGCCCGAAUAGGCACCAGUAUUAUAUUUCAAUAUUGCGCCUAAGCCAGAACAAAUGAUAAAACCUCAUACGAGAGGCAACAGAAGUUAAUGGCUGCUUUUCGUUGUCACAUACUUAAUAUAAGUUAAGGAUGUUUGCAGUUGUUUUAUCUUUAUCUAUGAAUUAAAUUGUGUUAUGGUAAUGUUUACAAGAGAUGAAAAUAAUGAAAUGGUUCGUAUUUAUCAUUGGCAAUAAGUAUGCUGAUAUUCUAACUUUUAAUAGCUCAUUUAUCAAGUCUGACAGACGAUUUUACCUUUGUUAGAAUUUAAAAAGAAAAAAUGACUAUAAUAAACAACAUCACAAAAAUGGAAUUAAUAAUAAUGUAAACGGAUUCUAAAAUGGACAAUUACAAAACGGUGUAUAAAAUUAGGAACUAGUUUUCAACAGACAUGUUAUUAUCAAAUAAAAUGUAAUUAGCUUUACGUAUUUUGUGAUACCAACCGUAUAAAAGUAAUAAUGUUAUGGUGCUUAGUGAAUGACGGUUUGAUGGGCUUUUCUGGUUCAUUUCUAGCCAACAUUCUCUCUGAUAUUUCGUAGUUUUACAUAUGUCGUUGGAUAGUUACAAAAACGUAAGUCAAGAAUAUGGCCGGGGUAAAAGUUCGUAAAGAUAUUCACAACUUUUCUAUGUUUAUGAUACGUCAACUUUCGUUAUUUAUUUAUAAAUUUAUCAAAGAUGCUUUAGUGCCGGUGUUACAAUACCAUUCGGUUUCGGGGCAAAGCUUCAUCGGUUAUAAAGGUAACUGCUUAUCACCUUAUAGUGAAAACCUCGCAACGGAUACGCUUGGUUCAAUCUUAGUUAGAUAAAGUUCGUAGUCUCGUUUUUAACCCUAUAUUUGUAUAUGUCUCAUUUGAUUUCAGAAGAAUGAGUGGUCAUAGCUUAGCUUAUUAAGCUGUUCUCUGGAAGGACACUACCUGAAACUUUGCUCUUAACAAAGUGAUCAUAGUAGAUACAGAUUGCAGAUAUAGCAAGCAUAAAGAAAUAACCAGGAAUAAAAAUAGCCUGUGCGUUUCAAGGUUUGUUGAAGAAAAUCACAACAGAAA